CUUUGUUUAUGUUUUCUGCAGUCUCCGUUGACAUAAGAUUCCACCCACGUUUUCCAGCUUUAAUUCAAAGUAAAAAAGAAUAUUCUGAAUCUAAAUCCCAGUUUUAGUAGAUCAAAAGAGAAGAAAACCCCCCCAUCAAAGUGCAAAGGAAAGAAAAGAAAUUUAACCCAGAAAAAAAAUGUGUUUCGAGUUGUUGUGUGGUAAACAAGAGAGAGAGUUGGGGCGGAUGCAAGCGCCCGGGUUUUGCCCGCACUGCGGCGGCAAAGUGGAGGCUGUCGACGUCGAGAGCAAAUGGAGGUUAUGUUUCUUGCUCGUUUGCUUCAAGAUCAAGAGAAAAUAUUAUUGCAUUCAGUGUGCCAAGCGUUUGGUGUUGUAUUUCUAGCUAAUUCGAUCUAGAGUUUGCUCUUCUUCUUCUUCUUUUUGUUUUUGGAUGUAGAUAAUUUGAUUCUUGCAUGUUUUUGGAAACCUUUUCUGUUUGAUCCUCGUAAUAAUUGUAAAUGCUUUUCUCCCCUGCAUAAAUGAACAUUUUUCUUUCGUUCUUUUGGUCUUCAAA